GUGUGUGUGUGUGUGUGUGUGUGUGUGUGUGUGAGAGAGAGAGAGAGAGAGAGAGAGAGAGAGAGAGAGAGAGAGAGAGAGAGAGACUUCUUAUCGAUCUGCCCUGCCUCUUAGCUGGAGGAAGAGCUGGAGGCAACAACCAGCGCGUAUCGGGUUGCGAAAAACAGUCACUAUUAGUGAUAGGAAUAAAGCUCAGAGAUGGAGAACCUGGCUGUGCUUUACCUGAGCAGUGCGGUAAUUGCGCUCGCAUCUCCAGGAAGUGCCGCACCCGCGCCGGACCUCUACACCCGCGGAAUAGAUUGGCUGAGCCGAUACGGAUACCUUCCUCCUCCCGAUCCACGGACAGGGAGACUCCAGACCAAAGAAGGGAUUGAGAGUGCUAUCAAACAGAUGCAGAGAUUUGCAGGACUGAAGGAAACAGGCAAACUUGACGCGGACACACUUAAACAGAUGUCAGUGCCGAGAUGCUCACUGCCAGACAUUGUAGGAUCAGAGGACAUGCUGAGGAAGAGGAGGAGAAAGAAGCGCUAUACUCUCUCUGGUUCUAGCUGGGAAUCAACUAAUCUGAGAUGGAGUGUUCUGAGUUAUCCAAAGCUUUAUUCCUCACUUUCACCGGAUCUUGUGAAAAGACUUAUGUUCUAUGCCCUCAAAGUCUGGAGUGACAAAACCAACCUCCAAUUCCAUGAGCUCGACAAAAAUCAAGCUGACAAUGCUGAAAUCCGAAUUUCGUUUGCAAGAUCCCUCCAUGAUGAUGGCUACCCUUUUGAUGGGAAGGGAGGCACGCUCGCUCACGCAUUCUUCCCCGGCCCGGGCGACAUCAGUGGCGACACGCAUUUCGAUGAUGAGGAGACAUGGACGUACGGGCAGCCAGACGGAAUCGGAACUGACCUCUUCACUGUAGCCGUGCACGAGUUCGGCCAUGCACUAGGUCUCUCACACUCGUCAGCUGAUCCCUCCAUCAUGCGCCCAUACUACCAAGGCCCGGUGGGAGACAUUAGCCAGUACACCCUUCCUAUGGAUGACCUGCAAGCCAUUCAGAUGCUGUACGGAAUAAAAGAGAAUAAAGGACCUAUUAGUCCUAAUGGCCAUCCAACACCGCGUAUGCCGGAGCUUCCCAGUACACCACCAUCACGCACAGGAACUAAACCUCCCAAGGAUCCUAGCACCGAAGAACGCUGUAACGGAGGAUUUGAUGCAGUGGCUAACAUACGAGGAGAGGUUUUCUUUUUUAAAGGACCAUAUUUCUGGCGAAUUGAGCGAUCUGGCUCUUUGGUGUCACUGUCUCCUGCUCUGAUUAAAAACUUCUGGAUGGGACUGCCUCCUGGAACAAAAAAGAUAGAUGCUGUUUAUGAAAGGAAGACUGACAGUCACAUCAUCUUCUUUAUAGGUUCACAAUUCUGGGUUUUCAAGGACACCAUUGCAUUGUCUGGGUACCCACGUCCUUUGUCUGAUUGGGGCAUGAGAAAGAAGGACGGGAGGGUUCCGGAGCGAGUCGACGCAGCAUUUGUUUGGGCCCAUAACGGUCACACGUACCUGUUCAGUGGUGAAGAGUUCUGGCGAUUCACUGAGAUUCAAGGGCAAGCGGUAUCUCAUCCAGAUGCGGACUACCCUAGAAGCACCGCACUCUGGAAGGGAGUACCCAGCGUUCCUGAUGACAUCAUGAGCUGGGGAAAAGCACAAGAUACAUACUUCUUCAAGGGCAACUCUUACUGGGUACUAAAGGCUGGGGAAAUGGACCAGGACACAGUAACAACAAAAUCAACAGCAACUGAUUGGAUGUUUUGUCCAACUCUGUCUCCGACACCAGUCAGCAACCCACGUUGCGGAAAAUGCAGAUGUGACGUUAACAAGGCUUCUACGUUCACUGGACCUUCGUUGCUACUGAUUUCAACACUUUUUCAGUGCAUCAGAAUGCUGAAUUAGACGAGUCUGAUCACUCGGGUGAAGACUCUUUUGGUAUGCAAUUUUACUUCAAGCCUGAAAUGCUGUAAAGUUUGGAUCUAAACUCAGGUGGCUUUUACACUGGGCAUGUUCGCUGUGGUCCAAAUCUGAGUGCGUUUGUUCCCUGCAUCACCCGAAGAGUAGAUCUGGUUUCAGACUCUCUUAAUACUAUCGAACCCGGUGUGUUUGUGGUAAUCCUUCAUCAUCUUAAAUGUACAAAGUAAAGAACACAACGUGACUCAAUAUAUUUUUGUUUUUUUAUUAUUAUGCCGCUGUUACAUGUAGCAAGACGUCUGACUUGUCUGUUUGCCACAACAUUUCAACCUUUCACUGGUAUGAAAACUAAUAAUGCUCGCACAUUACAAACAUACCCGCACCAACUCCUAGUUCGGUUUCUUGUUAACAUUCUUUCAUUGUUUCAGAACAUACCACCAGUGUGAAAGCUCCCUCAGUUAAAUAUGUUCAUAUGAUGAAUGUCUUCUAGGAAAAUUUGAGUGCCUACCUUGUAUCACCCUGCCACUUUUAGGAGUGUAACUGCUUAUAAAGUAUGUUUCAGUUCA